GGGGGUGGUGUGGUGUGGCAAAGUGAGGUGGAGGGUCGGUGAAAGCUAAAACCAAACCAAACCCUUUUUUUUCUUCUCUUUUUUUCCAUUUUAAAAAAAAAUGGUAAGUACUACUACAUGCCAGAGUGUGCACCAGGCUGCACCAGCAUAUAUACCCCUUCUCUUCUCACUCUCUUCCACACACACUUGCCCAUCAUCAAAGUUUUUUCCUUUCUCUGCUCUUUGCCUUCUCUGACACAUUUGGUGCCUUGUAGAGCGUGUUUUGGCAGGAAGGUGGUAUGGCGAAGGACGUUGAGGUUGCUGAGCGUGGCUCCUUCUCUGGGAAGGACUACCAGGACCCUCCACCAGCACCACUCAUUGAUGCUGAGGAGCUCACAAAGUGGUCCUUUUACAGGGCUCUCAUUGCUGAAUUCAUUGCCACUUUGCUCUUCCUCUACAUUACUGUGCUCACAGUCAUAGGGUACAAUCACCAGACUGACCUCAAGGAAAAUGGUGAAAUCUGUGGUGGGGUUGGCAUUCUUGGCAUUGCAUGGGCCUUUGGUGGCAUGAUCUUCAUCCUUGUCUACUGCACUGCUGGGAUUUCAGGGGGUCACAUUAACCCAGCGGUGACAUUUGGGCUGUUUUUGGCUCGCAAGGUGUCUUUGAUCCGAGCCAUCAUGUACAUGGUGGCUCAGUGCUUAGGUGCUAUCUGUGGAGUUGGUUUGGUUAAGGCUUUCCAAAAGUCUUACUUCAACAAGUAUGGUGGUGGGGCUAAUUCCCUCGCUGCUGGGUACAGCACAGGUACUGGAUUGGGUGCUGAGAUUAUUGGAACCUUUGUUUUGGUCUACACUGUCUUCUCUGCCACUGACCCCAAGAGGAAUGCCAGAGAUUCCCAUGUGCCGGUUUUGGCUCCACUUCCCAUUGGAUUUGCUGUGUUCAUGGUUCACUUGGCCACCAUCCCAGUCACUGGUACUGGUAUCAACCCUGCUAGGAGUCUUGGAGCUGCUGUUAUCUACAACCAAGAUAAGCCAUGGGAUGACCAUUGGAUCUUUUGGGUAGGACCAUUUAUUGGGGCAGCCAUUGCAGCCUUCUACCAUCAGUUCAUCUUAAGAGCAGGUGCAGCUAAGGCUCUUGGAUCAUUCAGGAGUAACCCCCAUAAUUGAGUUGUCUUUCUCUUCCUUAUGAUGGCUCUAGUGGAAAGAAGAUAAUUGGAGAGAUGGGGGUUGAUAUGGCAAGUUUAAUAAUAAUUGGGAAUGCUUUUGGCUUGUGUUUUGCAACGUUUCUUUGACCCUCUCGAUUAUGUCUUCAAGAUUGUGGAUAAGUGUAGAUUAAAGUCUCUUUCAUGACAGGGGGAGCCUUUUGCACUUUCCUCUGUGGUGUUCUUCCCUUUAGUGUGUCAUUUUUUUCUUUUAAGUUAUUCUCUUCAGCUGUCAUCUCUGUACUCAAAAUAUAUUUAUGGAAAAUGUUAAAUUUUAAUUUUAAUUA